UUCACUUUGACCUAGGUGAUUGUUGACAUAGUGCAUUUCAGCUGCAUGUGUGCAGAAAAAGAGAAACUCGAUAAUUUGCCAAUGCCUGAUCAUUACUGACAUUGAAAAAGACCAUUCUUUUAUAGGCCCCUGAUGGCUUAACUUGAAACGAAGCUGAGAGGAGAUAAAAAGAUGCUGACCUAAAUUUAGAUUUUUCGGUUGUCCUAUAUUUUAACUGGAGUUCUGAUGGUUUUGUCACAAAACUGCAAUUCAACAAUGAGGGGACAAUUUUUCAAAGUGUUUAGGAAUAUUCAAACGCGAAUAGGUCACACGGCAUCAACUAGAAUAGAAGGGAAACGUACACAACAUACCACUUGCUUGGAACAAGAAAAACUUUCCAAGUUUGAAUCCAAGUCAAAGAAAACUUCAGUUUUAACAGAUUUAUUUGGAAGACAUCAUAACUAUCUUAGAAUUUCAAUAAGUGAAAGGUGCAAUCUUCGAUGCCAAUACUGCAUGCCAGAGGAAGGGGUAGAUUUAACAUCGAAGGAGAGGUUACUUUCUACCAAAGAAAUUAUACACAUUGCAGAACUGUUUAUGAAGCAAGGAGUCAACAAAAUUCGCUUGACAGGAGGUGAACCAUUAGUACGAAAAGAUCUUGUAGAUAUUAUUCAAGGGAUCAACUCCUUCAAAAAUGAAUAUGGUCUGCAGACCAUAGCAAUCACAACAAAUGGAGUAACCCUAGGAAAGAAAUUACCUCAACUGAAGGAAGCAGGACUUAAUCUAAUAAAUAUAAGCUUAGAUACCUUAAUCCCAGCAAAAUUUGAGUUCAUUACAAGGAGAAAGGGAUGGGAGCGUGUGAUGAACAGUAUUGAUACUGCAUUAGAUUUGGGCUACAGUCCAGUAAAAGUGAACUGUGUAGUUAUGAGAGGUGUCAAUGAAGAGGAAAUAGUUAACUUUGUCAAUCUAACAAAAGACAAGAACGUUGAUAUUAGGUUCAUUGAAUACAUGCCAUUUGAUGGAAACAAAUGGAAUUUCAAGAAGAUGGUGUCUUAUGCGGAAAUGAUUGACACUAUUAAAACAAGUUACCCAGAUCUCCAAAGAAUGAGUGACCAGGCAAAUGAUACCUCCAAAGCUUACAAAGUACCAGGUUUUGAGGGACAGAUAGGAUUCAUUACCUCCAUGAGUGAGCAUUUUUGUGGCUCCUGUAAUAGACUCAGAGUCACAGCUGAUGGAAACUUAAAGGUGUGUUUGUUUGGAAAUUCCGAGGUUUCCCUGAGGGAUGCUUUGCGGGGAGGGGCGGGGGAAGAGGAAAUCUGGCAGGUCAUCGAGGAAGCUGUCAAACGCAAGAAGAAACAACAUGCAGGGAUGUUGAACAUUUCUAAAAUGAAAAACAGGCCUAUGAUUUUAAUAGGAGGUUGAGGAUAGAGAAAAACUCCAUAACAUGAACUGUGAAAUUGAUUGUUGCCACAAUUAAUUCUGUGAUAAACAGCUCUACAAAUAGAUCAAUAUGUUGCAUUAAAAAUUAUAUAUAUCUGUUAGUAUAUACUUGCAUAUAAGUCAUAUUUUUGGGAGCUGAAUUUUUCUUCUAAUCUGUAUUAAUCUUUGACCAUUAUUGUUUGCAAGAACUGGAACUAUCUUAAGAUUCUUUCAUGCAGAAAGGAACAUGUAAGGUUACCAUAUUCUAUAUAUAUUAUUAUAUUUUGUUAUGUAUAUUUAUUAAAUAACAAUCUGAAUCAAUAUUUAAAUAUCAAUUAAAUGUCAAUGACAUUCUCAGAAGAAUUCCAACAUACUUUAAAUUGUAUCAGAGGUGAAUACAAUAGAACUUUUAUCUGAUAUAUGAAAUUGAUUCUCGCAAAAAUCCUUCUUACUAAUGUUGUAAGUUGAUUAAAUUGUUGAAUUCCUUUAAAAAAAAUGAAAAACAAUCCACUUAUGAAUGAGCUAGCUGACUUUUAUGCAGGCAUGAAACAGAUAACUUAUUUUUUUUUUAAAUCUGUACCUUCCUUUAAUUGAUUAAAAAAAAAAAAAGAUCUAUCCAAAUUAAAGUUUUAAGGUGCUGACCAUAUUGAUUCCAGCUAUCAAUAUAAUUUCACAUAGUUAUAGUUGAUAACAACUUUAUUUUGUGACCUAAUAACCUUUGUAAUACUUAGCUCUGCAGCGUUAUGACAUUGUUUCAUUUUGUAAACCACUCGCCUUGAAGGACGUAACCAUGCAGAGACAUAUAAUGUUAUGUACAUGUAUAUACUAACAUUUAGUAUAUACAUCCCUGAUAUACACGUGUAACUGAUACUUGGUGCUGUGAAAAUGUUUAAUUGAAUUCCAUUUUUUAUGAGUGAAUAUACGACUUUAAUUUUUUCAGUAUUGGCACUCUAUUUAACUUGACGUGUAGAAAUGUUAGAUGUAUAUCUAAGUUUAUGAUUUUUUUUAAUUCCCAAAUAACUAUUGGAGAAUGAUAUUAAUUUCUUUUACAUGUUCAAGUAUACGUUUUACUGCCUAUGCUAUAUUCCAUUACUUUGUGAAGUGAUUGAUAUUUUUCUCUGUUACAAUAUCUACAAUGGAACUUAGGCUAGUUAUUAGAAGGCAUGUGAAACUUUUGAGCACAGAAGACAUUACAAAUACAAAAAAAAUACACAAGACAUUGUUUGAGAUACAGUGUAUUAGCUUUCAAAAUUAAAAAUGUUGCAAUUAAAAUUUUGUUGUUUUUUUUUAUCCUUAUAUGCCUUGCCUAUCGCUAAACAUGUUCUCUGUCAUAGAUUUAUGAUUCUGUGAAACUCAUUCAGAGUGUUGAAAUUUCAUUUAAAAUUAUGUAUUUACAAAGUAGUAUUAAUAAAGGGUGUAAUGGUAUUAUAUUAGAGAAUGACUAUCAUCUAUUUUUAAGCAUUUUACUGAUUAAUGUAAAAUUAUGUAUUUAUGAUUCAAAUGAUAUGAUUAUAUAUCAAUAAUUAUAUGUUUGUUUACUUGUAAAAUUAUAAGUGAUAUUAUGUAUUUGAAUUUAAAGCAUUAGCCUUUUGAUGUUGGGGCAUUCCAAAUUGUAGCACUGUAACAUUAUAUCUGUGAUGGUGAGUAUAUAUUUUUACAAUAAACAGAAAGUAGAAGUCCA